AUGAUUAGUGAUGAUCAUCGAUAUGAUAAUCAAACAAUCAUUAAAUCUAAUAAAAUUGAAUUAGAUCAUUUUAAUGAAAUAUGCUUAAAAGAAAAUAAUCGAUUAAGACAAUUACAUAAUUGUCCUAAAUUGAAAUUAAAUUAUCGUUUAAUAAAAUCGGCACAAAUUCAUUCGGAAUAUUUACAAAAAUUACAUCAAUUACAAAAAAUUGAUCAUUUAAUAUGUGGUCAAAAUAUUGCUUUAAUAAUUGGUCAACAAAAUUGUCAAAUUGCAGGUUAUUUUACUCAAAUGAUUUGGAAAAAAACGAAAAAAGUUGGAUUCGGUUUUACUAAAUCAGAAAUAGGUAAUAUAAUUUUCGUCGUUGGACAUUAUUUACCGGCUGGUAACAAAACUACAGAAUUUCAAGACAAUGUUCUACCAAGAAGAGAAGGAGCUCAUGAUAUGAAGACCGAUGACGAUUGUUCAAAUGAUCCCAACGAUAAUCUCAAGGAACCUCGACAUUCUUGUUCAAAAGGACGGUGUGUUAUAAUUUAA